AUGUCCCUAUUUCCUGCAUAUUCUCAACCACCGGCUGAUGAGAAUUCCUCCAAGGAUGAAGGUGGAAAUGAAUGGCUGUCAAAUGCGAGUUUCGUGCCUCUUUGCCUUCCUGGAAAAUCCCCAGAAAAUUCAUCAUCUCCUGUCCCAUCAACCUCUGCAGACACAAGAGCUGACGCUGAGGUGUUCCAAGACAGUCUGGAAGUGCCCAAGAGGAGGUCCAAGAAGAAGAAAAGCAAGAAAAAGCGCGAAGAACCUAACCUCACAUUGGAGUUCACUGGCCAGGAGAAUUACUAUGUGGACAAGAAGAGUGAAAUUGGCUACUUGAAGAUUGACAAGCUGUACAAUCCCGCCUGUCCGCGCUACUACACAUCUCGGGUUGUCUUGGGAAAAGCGCCAAGGAGUGAAAAUGUGAAGUACAGAAGGUAUUUUACCCGGAAGCCCAAGAAGUCAGAUCAAGUUCCGGACAAGGAGGGCAAGUAUCAGCUGUCAGAGGAGGAAUUCCUGGAGAAGAACAAAGAGCUGAAUGCGAAGGUGAGGCAGGAGCCUUACAACAUCGCCAAUUGGGUGGAAUUUGUGGAGUUUCAGUCGCUGACGUUAGUCAAAUCGUCCACGACGAAGGUGAACAUCGCCGAGCGAAAGAUGGGUAUUCUGGACAAGGCCUUGACACUGAAUCCUGCUAAUGAGGAGCUCUACGCGGUCUAUGUGGACACCAUCACUGCCGUUUUCCCCUCCUUCGAGGUCAGCAAGAUUCUGGACAGACUCCUAGCGAAGGAUCCCGUGAGCUUCACUCUCUGGAACGCCCAAAUUCUCGCCACGCAGGGCUCAAUGGCGCGCUGUGUGGUGCCGGACGUGCUGAAGCUGUACGACACGUGCAUGAGCACAAUGUACAGGAAGCUGCGGAACGACUCAACGAUGCUGAAGCUCUUCACCAGAUGCGCCUUCUUCCUCCGUCAGGCCGGUCUUCUUGAGCAGUUCUUCGCGCUCGUGAAGCUGGCGCUGGAGCUGAACGUUUCUCCGGACAAGUUCACUGGCAUCGAUCCACAGGAGGCUGAUCAGCACUCUCUGGUGGAGUUUGAGGAAGUUGUGCUGAGCUCUGGUCUGCCUAUGAAUGAGAUUUGGCUGCGGAUCGAGAAAUUGCGCACGAGCUUCAACUUCCUGCCUUGUCCCGUGGGCAUGAGUUGCACAGAUCCUCAGCGUUCGGUGUUCAACGAGGAUGUUUGCCACUUUAUCUAUCCGUUGGUGGAUCACACACGCUCCCUGGAGUUGAUCUUCAUCAUCUUGCGCCUCCUCAAAGUUCCUCUGCCGCACCAUCGCGCUUUCUGGGACGAUGAAGGCUCACCUGCAGAUCUGGACGCGCCUGAGGAGAUGCUCAACUUUCUGCUGUGCUGGAACUUUGCCAGAGAGGACACAAUUACAGAAUCCGCAGUGAGUCUCAUUCGGGAACUUGCGGUGGGGCCGAGUUUCAUGACAAGUUGGAUUGGGAGUGAGAUUUAUGCGAAAGUCGUGGCGGAAAUGCUGCUGAAACUCGCUGAGUGUCAUUCAGGACGUCAGAGGAGUGUUUUUGUCCUCCUCUGGAUGCGCUUUCAGCGACUCCUGGUCACUAUUGAUCGACUGGAGGGUAAACUUGUGGAGAGUCGCGUGAAAAUGUACAGGAAAAUGAUCAAAAGUGAACUGAAGAAGGAAGAGAAUCGCCAGGAAGUGAAUCUCUUCACUGAAUACGCCCUGAUUGAGUUACAAUUGGCCGGCAGAGCGUUGGCUGAGAAUGUUUUUAUGGGAGCAACUGCUAAUUCUGAGGGAGCUUUGAAUGCAGACAGAUUUUUCGCCGGAGUUUGCUUCUGUGAGAUGUUGCUGAAGGAAGGCGACCAGGAAAAGGCUCUGAUCGCACUUGGCAAUCUUGUAAUGCAGAAGGGAAGUCUUGAUGCUCCGCAGAAACUUCUGCUGGUGAAGAAACUCCGAGAUCUUCUCACGAAUCUCGCGCAGGUUGAAUUGCAGUGUGAAGAGAUGGAAAAGGAACAAUUUAUCCUUCCGGAUUACCUUGAGAAUCUCAUCAAAGCGAAUGUCUAUGCACUGUUUCUGGUUAAGACAUCAGAAGAGGCACUAGCCUUAAUUCACAGUCUAAGGAGGAGGUUUUGCGAGAAGAAUGCCCGACAUUCUUUCCUCCGGGAGACGCUUUUCGAGGUGGAGGCGAAGCUUGAUACUCUUCGUGGCCACAGUGGGAGAUUUGAGAGUGUCUCUGCAGCGCUAAAGCACUUUCCGGCCAAUAUCUUCCUCCACAAGUGCCUGAUUUCUGUCCACUCGACGCCUUGGUAUCGCCUCAAGAGUGCUCUGGUGAAAUGCGACACUCCGCAGGCCAUUCUCAGUCUCGUCGUGGCGGCGCGGACGCGUCACGCCGCCCAGGAGGAUGAGAUCAUGCGUCGCAGUCAGCAGCUGCGCGUCCUCACAGCCCUCAGGGCGAUCACCGGCGACGGGAAGCUCCGCAAGUGCCCGCUCAUGUGGCGCCUCCACCUCCGCAGUGCGUACGAGCUCGAGGCCACUCUGCAUCAGUGCCGCAACGUCCUCUUCUCCGCCCUGGACGAGUGCCCGUGGAGCAAAUCCCUGUACCUCGACGGCGGCGUGUACGUGCCGCACGAGCUCACCCAACUCCAGGACCUCAUCAUUGAGAAGCAGCUGCGAAUUUACGCCCUGCCCGAGGAGCUGGAGAUACUGCGAAGCGAUGGGAAUUAAUUGCAAGACGUCCUCAAAUUUUGGAGAGAGAGAGGCAAAAUAAAUCGGAUUGCUGGUGUUGUCGUGGAGAAAAAAGUGGGUAUUCAAAUUUCUUUUUUCGUGUUAAUUAUUCGUCUUUUUCUCUCCAGUACAAUUUUCCUUUCUUUGAAA